UGGUUUCUAAUUCGAGUACCGUGUAUUACACUUUAAACAUUGGUUUCUAGUGCUAAGAAUUGUUAUAAAUCUGGUUUCUAGUGUUCAUCUGACAACGCUGGUUUCAAGUCUGUUUUUUAAUGCUUUUUAUAUAACUAUGAUGAGUGGAUCAAUUCGGUUUAUAGUGGCAAGUAUCGCUGUUAUAGGGUCUCCUAGUGCAAUUAUUGUAUACCCCUAACGUUUGGUAUCUCGCCACAUUAAGGGCGGUUUAGUAGGUUAGGUGAUGCAAGAAAACCCGUUACUGUUCCGUUGUUGCUCCUUAGUGCAAGAAAACCCGCAGUUACUAUUCCGUUGUUGCUCCUUGGUGCAAGAAAACCCGUUACAGUUCCGUUGUUGCUCCUUUAUACAAGAAAACCCAAGUUACUGCUCCGUUGUUGCUCCUUAGCGCAAGAAAACCCCAGUUACUGAUCCGUUGUUGCUCCUUAGUGCAAGAAAACCACAAUUGUUUUUGCUGUUACUGUAUUUCCCUUUGCUGCUGUUGUCCUAGAAAGGAGUCCACCACGAAGCCCCAGGAAUUGAGAGGCUCAGAGGCUAAUAUGGAGGAACCUUGAGUAGAUGUAAGGGUUCUCGUACACACCACCCGUCUAGAACCCGACUUUAGACCACUGUCAUCCUCCCUCAACAUUUACCAAUUUACAAGUAAAAAAAAUAUCCGCUGUCGAUUUACUAAUUUACAAAUAAAACAAAAUAUAUAGCCUACCUAUAUGCUGUAUACAUGUGUACAUUUUCGAAUUACUGCUUGUUGCUGUGUGACUCAAGGUUUGUUGCUGUAUGUGACUCAAGGUUUGUUGCUGUAUGUGACUCAAGGUUUGUUGCUGUAUGUGACUCAAGGUUUGUUGCUGUAUGUGACUCAGGGUUUGUUGCUGUAUGUGACUCAAGGUUUGUUGCUGUAUGUGACUCAAGGUUUGUUGCUGUAUGUGACUCAAGGUUUGUUGCUGUAUGUGACUCAAGGUUUGUUGCUGUAUGUGACUCAAGGUUUGUUGCUGUAUGUGACUCAAGGUUUGUUGCUGUAUGUGACUCAAGGUUUGUUGCUGUAUGUGACUCAGGGUUUGUUGCUGUAUGUGACUCAAGGUUUGUAACUGUAGGUGAUUUUUAGGUUUGUGACUGUGACUCAAGCCUUCUAACUGUAUGUGACUCAAAGUUCAUGAUUGGACGUGACUCAAGGCUCAUAACUGUACAUGUCUUGUUAACUUUGUCUUUUUCUUUCCACAAAAAUAAUUACAGCAACAUCAUCUCUCUUUCCUUACUGGAGAUUAAAUUUGUGGCAUUAUUGAAUAAAACUGUCAAUUUAAUUGUGAAUAAAUUAGAUAAUUACGUGAGAUAAUUAUGAAACAAAAUUAUUCACCGGUUCCAACAAGUAGCUGAUCCUGUAAUCUUUAAGUGUAUAAGAGAGUAAUAGACAAUACGUGAAUAAGUUAAGCAGCUUCGACGCCAUAACACAGUCCGUCUAGCUACAGUGUAAGAAGAGUAACCCAAUUGUACCAGCUACAGUGAACAGUCAUUUAUAGAAAGUAAAACUGCUCUGGUGUUUGCGUUACGUGUGACUGUGAACCGUGUCUCCCAACACCAGCGACUAUGUCAAGCAUCGUCCACCCACUGGAACAGCGGAUCUACUCCUGGUUCAUCGCUAACAUCUCCAGGCCUGCCAACGGCACCAUUUACCCAGCCCAGGAGCCACUGCAAAAUGGCUGGCUUCAGGGACUCGGCUCUGCAGACAUCUCUUUCAACUUGCCACUUCAGGAUGUAUCUCUGGGAGUCCUCGCACUAUUGGCGCUACAAACGGGCGUCCACAGGUCGGGAAAACUCUUUCCUUCCGUAACUCUACUGCAAGGAAAGUGGAACCUCAGAGCCUAUGACUUUAUUGUUAUCAAUCUCUUAAAAACUAUUCUGGGAUUCGCCCUCUUAUUGGUGUCGCUGCCGUUGGCACUCCCAGUCAUCUGUGUCUUUUGGGUGGCGUCCAGCGUGACUAAACUCAUCUACACCCUCGAGUUUGGAUCAAGUGUGACAAAGGCGGAAGGGAUGGACAGCGUGUGGGGCGUUGAAUCCAAAGAAAGUCGACCAUUUAUCACAAUCAAUCUCUUAUUGUCUGGCGCUCCUGACCUCGACAAGAUCUAUCGACACAUCAGGACGAAUAUCUUGGAUAAGUCAGACGAACAAGGGAACUAUUGUUACAAGAAGUUUCGGCAGAUAUUUUCCCAGACAUAUGGUUACUACUCGUGGAAAGACGUCGAGGAUUUCAACAUUGAAACUCAUGUCAGGAUGAUCAAUCUACGUAAAUUCUACUCCGAUCUUGACUCCCAAAACACUUAUAAUGAGUCAGAAAAUACCUGUCACCAAUCAGAGGACGUCCACAGCAGCUCUCCUUGUGACACAGCAAAUAGCGGCCCUGGGACAAGGAGUAUGGAAACUGAUGAACUGGUUCACCGGUUUGUGAGCGAAGAAGGGACAGCAGCGCUUUCAUCUGACCGUCCUCCCUGGGAGGUCAUUCUCCUUAUUAGGGAUGACAACAGGUACAACGUGAUCAUCAGGCUUCAUCACGCCAUAGGUGAUGGGGUGUCACUCGUCCGUCUGUGUGUCGAAGCGCUGGUGGACACGCCCCUCUCCCCGCCAACCGUUGAACCCCGUCCCACCAACCUCUUCCUCAGGGCGGUCAUGAUGGUGUGCUCGGCGCUGGUGCUGCCACUGGGACUUCUGCAGGUGGUGGUCAACUUUGAUCACAACGCCCUUCAUGGUCACCACCUCUCAGGGAGGAAGGUGAUGACGGCAUCGCGAGGUCUGCCACUACUGGUGCUGAAGCAGGUGAAGCUGGCUGCUCAGGCCACAGUUAACGAUGUCCUCUUGUCGUGCCUCGCCGCCUCCCUCUCUCGCCACUUCUCUCGCAGAUCAGAGGAGGUGAACCAAGUGACAGCUGUGGUACCUGUGAGCUUCCAUGACCUGCGGGCGCCCCUCACCCUCACCAACAGGUUCUCCGUCGCCACUGUCAAGCUCCCCUCUGCUCAAACCCACACGCCCAUUGCCAGGCUGGCUGCCACUAAGAGUUUGAUGGACGGGAUGAAGAGAGAUCCCACCCUGGGCUCGGUAUUCUGGGUGGUGAGGGCAGUGAGUGAGGUCCUUCCAGCACCCGUGGCCCAACUCCUCCUGUCAGGUCGGGGUGUCACCGUAGCGGCCAGCAAUGUUCCCGGGCCCCAGCAAGAGAUCAGCGUCUGGGGGGAUAAGGUGGAGGACAUGCUCUUCUGGAUACCAAACCGAGCUCCUGUAGGUGUGGGCGUCUCUUUCGCCAGCUACAUGGGCGUCGUGAAAGUCGGCCUCAACGUGGACACCGCCCUCGUCCACUCCCGUGAUGAAGCGCAGAAGCUGCUGGAGGACAUGGAGGAGGAGCUCUAUCGCCUCCAUCACCGCCUGGUGCUGGCCAGGCAGGAGUGACCGUCUUACUACAAGCGCUUCCUCCCUCCAAGCCCUGCGUGGCCUCUCACGCUAGUCUGGCCUUUUGUAAUGCCCUGAUUUUCUGUGGCCUUUUCUGGUCCUGAUUGGCCUUGUGUGGAACUCUGACCCUCAUCUUCCCACCUUCCUAUCUCAGUGUGACCCUUUCUGGCCUUGCUGCAGCCUGUUGAAUCCCUGAUUCUGAGUGAAACAAUCGUAGUGACCGCGGUGGUGGUUCUACGUCUACAGUACUGAACAAUGAGUCACAUAUUCGGAUACUUCUGAGGUGACUGAACGUUGUGUUUAGAAAGUAAUUAGCAACACUCACUAAGAAUACAGAAAAGACGUAUGGACAGAUAUACAGAUAUGUAGAGGAACUGCUCUAAACAUUUUUCAUAACUAAUGCAUUAACUAAAGUAUAGUAAUUAGGAUAGACGGUAAUCAUUAAUAAAUGUAAUUAUAGGACAAAGAUAACAUUAUUUGUAAGAUAUACACUAUAUAAAUAAUAUGCAUAAAUAUAAGUAGACAUCUUAAUUUCUACAAACAUCUUUUAUUGUCAGUUCCAC